AUGGCUUUUGUGGCUGGAUUAAUGGUCGGAUUAGUUGUCGGCCUGCUUCUGGUUGUUGCUUUUGUUCGCUCCGAGAACGCCCGAUCCAAGCGCCGCUCCGACCUCGCUACUACGGUUGCGUCGUUUGCGAGAAUGACGGUGGAAGAUUCGAGGAAGUUACUGUCGCCGGAGUAUUAUCCUUCUUGGGUUGUCUUUUCGCAGCGCCAGAAGUUGACUUGGCUCAAUCUGCAGCUCGAAAAGAUUUGGCCGUACGUCAAUGAGGCUGCGUCUGAGCUUAUAAAGGCGAACGUUGAGCCCGUUUUAGAGCAAUAUAGGCCCGUUAUAUUGGCUUCUCUGACUUUUUCGAAGUUUACUCUUGGGACUGUAGCUCCGCAGUUCACAGGUGUGUUUUCAAUCAUUGAAGAUGACAGUGAAGGAAUUACCAUGGAGUUAGAGAUGCAAUGGGAUGGGAACCCAAGUAUAGUACUUGACAUUAAAACUUAUCUUGGUGUUGCUCUUCCUGUACAGGUGAAAAAUAUUGGGUUUACUGGGGUCUUCAGGUUGAUAUUCCGACCACUGGUUGAUGAAUUUCCUUGUUUUGGAGCUGUUUGCUUUUCGUUGCGCCAAAAAAAAAAGCUGGAUUUUACACUUAAAGUCAUUGGAGGAGAUAUAUCGACCAUUCCUGGCCUUUCUGAUGCCAUUGAGAGUACUAUCAGGGACGCUGUUGAAGACUCUAUUACUUGGCCAGUUCGGAAAGUCAUCCCUAUAUUGCCCGGAGAUUAUAGUGACCUUGAGCUCAAGCCGGUUGGAGUUUUGGAGGUGAAGCUUGUCCAAGCCAAGGACUUAACAAAUAAGGAUAUUAUAGGGAAAUCUGAUCCAUAUGCUGUUUUAUAUGUGCGACCUUUGCGUGAUAGAAUGAAGAAAAGCAGGACAAUCAACAACCAAUUGCAUCCAGUUUGGAAUGAGCAUUUUGAGUUUGUAAUUGAGGAUGCAUCAACACAGCAUUUGGUGGUAAAGAUUUAUGAUGACGAAGGGCUCCAGUCGUCUGAACUAAUUGGAUGUGCUCAAAUUCAGCUAGCUGAACUUCAGCCUGGCAAGGUGAAGGAUGUGUGGUUGAAAUUGGUGAAAGAUUUGGAUGUUCAGAGAGACAAUAAAGACAGGGGUCAGGUGCACGUGGAGCUUCUUUAUUACCCCAAUGGCAUGGAAAACGGCUUUACUAAUCCCUUUGCACAGAAUGUCUCUAUGACUUCACUGGAGAAGGUCUUCAAAAGUGGAGUAGAAGUGAAAGAUGUUUUAAGUGGCGACGGUAACAAAAAGAGGGAAGUUAUUUUAAGAGGGGUACUUUCAGUUACUGUCAUAUCUGCAGAUGAUUUGGCACCGGCCGACCUGAUGGGGAAGGCUGAUCCAUAUGUGGUGGUCACUAUGAAGAAAACUGGGUCCAAAAACAAGACCAGGGUUGUGAACGACAGUUUAAAUCCAGUCUGGAAUCAGACUUUUGAUUUUGUUGUUGAGGAUGGAUUACACGACAUGCUAAUUCUAGAACUAUGGGACCAUGACACAUUCGGGAAGGAUUACAUAGGGAGAUGCAUUCUAACACUGACGAGGGUUCUAAUGGAAGGUGAAUAUAAAGACUCCUUCGCACUCGAUGGUGCUAAAUCAGGAACAAUUAACUUGCAUCUCAAGUGGAAUCCGCAACCGAUUUACCGGGAGUCGUAG